AUGCUUCGACCGUGUAUAAAUCGAACAGAGCAUGGUAUUCUUGGGAUACAACUAAGACGGGCCGCGUUUUGUGGAGAUGUGUUUGUAAAUUCUGUUGAAAGUGGAAGAUAUUGUGGCGUUCAUCCGAAAUUUUUAACGCAACUUUUAUUAAUGUAUUUAUUUCCGAAAUACGAAAUUGCUUUUAAUCAUGUUGUGAUUGCGCAAAAUUCACCGAUACUGGAUAGAAUCCCUCGAUUCGCAGUUUGUAACUUUUGCUGUCAUUUAGAUCUGGGGAGAUAUUUGUUGCUAAUCACGUUACUUGAAGAGCAUCUAGUUGUCAUCGAACCGGCAACACCGACGGGUACUCGAGAUGGAGAAAGUGGAAAACUGAACUGAAUCGCGUGUUUGCAACGGUCGUUCUCAUCCAAUAUGAAGAUGGAGGGAGUUGGUGAUGUUAUGAAUGGCCGUACGAAUGAAGUUGCCAAAACACCACAACCGUCACCCAAAGAAAUUGGACGUGAAUUCGUUCGUCAGUACUAUACGAUGUUGUCAGAAAGGCCACAGGACGUGUUUCGCUUCUACAGCCAUGAAUCAUAUUUUGCUCAUGAUACAGACCAGCCUGUUCAGGGACAACAGAAAAUACAGAAAGCAAUUGAACGCUUAGCUUUUGUUGACUGUAAAGCCCGUAUUUAUACCGUCAGUGGCACUGCCACAAUGAACAAUGGCUUAGUCAUACAAGUUUGUGGCGAACUUUCGAUCGGCGAUAAUCCUGAAAGGCGUUUCUUGCAAACAUUUAUUCUGUGUCCACAAACUCCAAAGAAAUACUAUGUUCACAAUGAUGUUUUCCAGUGGCUAGAUCGAGCCUUCGGUGAUACUGUCAUUCAGCCGCAAAAGAACGAUGUCCAGACUCAAAUUGCUACUGAAGAGAAUGUUGCAGCAAAUGGUGAUGCAGGCGGAAUUAACGGUCACACUCAGGCUAUUUCUGCAAGCCACAAUCAAAUUGAGACCGCCGAUCAGUUAUCCGACAGCUUGAAGAAAGAGCAACAUCUUGAAUCCAUCCCAGCAGUGAAUACAAAUGCAGUUGUUCAUGAUGCAAAGCAUCAAAUGAAUGACGUAAUAGAAAAUUCAAAUUCGGUUGCAGUUGAUUCAGCACCGAAAACUUGGGCUAAAUUGGUCGGUGGUAAUCAUACAACAACUGCUGCUGCGCAACUGCAAAAUAUGACUCAGGCAACAGUUCAGCCAUCGGUGCGGUUGCCUGUGAUUCAAAAUCAGACUUCGAUCUCUGCUUCAAACAAUACAAAUCACGCAAAUUUUGAAGACAAUUGUCGACUCUAUGUGGGCGGCAUAACUCGUAAUAUUGUCCCAGAAAGUGCAGCUGCAAUUGAAAGAGAUAUACGUUCUGAAUUUGAAAAAUUCGGACAUGUUGCUGCGGUAAAUGUUCCCCGUCGUGUGCUAGAUACCGCGGAUUCACAGCGGACUGUUUUUGCUUUUGUAGUUAUGAAAACACCAGAGGGUGCAAGAAAUGCAUUCAGUGCUGCAAGAAAGGAACGAUCGCUUUCACUUAUACAUCUGAAAAUUGAUUCACUUGGAUUCGACGGAGAAGCCACUCUCUCAGAGCAGAAAGGUGGACAGAUAAACUCUCGUACUCCGUUUAUACACAGAGGUCUUCCAGUGCAAGGCGUGUCACGCGGUGGAUUUAAUGCACGUAAUGGAUCUGGUGGCGGACGUGCUGGUGGAGGGGGAUCUCGCGGAUUGCGAAAUUAUAGUGGUGGUAGUGAAUAUCGGCAAUCAGGCGAACACGGUCGACAUUAG